UGGUUAGGGGAUUCACAAACUGUUCCUUUAAACAAGAGACACAGUGAAGCAGUCUGCAGUCAUAGAAAGGGUUAGGGUUAGUCAGACAGUCAAAGAGAGUGAAGAGGGGCGUGCCACUAGAUAUUAUUUCACUUAUUUCUCCAUAUUAUUUUACUCUUCAUUUUGGACCUGUUCUCCAAACCCUCAACCUGCUCCUCCUACUACAAUGCCAUCCCAACUUGAGAGGCUGGCUCUGUUCCGGGUCUGGUCCAUGAUGGUCCUGCUCUACACCUCGGACCACAGGAAGGGCUGGAGACAUAUCCUCCUCCACUUCCUCAGCUGCUUGACCCUGAGCCUGGCCUUGGGAGGGGCCCUCCUACUGGGCCUCUACUUCUCUCUGAACUACAGGCUAGUGGUGUGUGGAGUCACCUCAGGCUGCUGCUCACUCCUGUUAACAGCUGUCCUGUUCUGCUCCAAGAGAGUCCGCUGCUUCUCCUUGCUGUUUCUUAUCUCCUGCACUAUGAAGCAGGGCAGGAACCUGCUUCUGACGGCAGGCACUGGGCUGGUGAUCCUCUGGAAUGUCCAGAACACCUUAAGAAACCUCAGAGAAGUGUCCAGCAGUCUGGUGUGUAACAUGGAGAAGAAGAGAGUGUUGUUGGACGUCAGUCCAAUAAAUAACUAUGUCAAUCUGCUGAGGUGGGUGGGCGAGAAGCUCAACAAGUUCAUAGACUUUGGAGUUGUCAAGUACGAGUCAUCAUUCACCGUCGGACACAGCGUUGAGUCCAACGAUCUGACGGUGAAACUUCAGGAUGCUGUCCGGACACUGAACACAACAGAGAAGAGCGCUGAGGUGUGCAUCGACCUGGUGAUGGCUGUGUUCCAGAGAGGAGUCCCGGUACUAGGGGUCACCCUGGUCAUCAUCACCACUACCCUGUUCCUCAGAAAAUACUUCUGCAACCUCAAGUACCAGAACACUUUCAUCACCAGCAGGUUUAUUAGAUACGAUGAUCAACAGAGAGCUGAGGGGAAGCCCUACCUCCUCCCUCUGAGCCCAGAGGAGGCAGAUCAGUUCCGCUCUAUCCCCUCCGCCCGCUUCACACGGAGAGAGGGCUACACCAUGCUCUGGUUCCUGGUUCCAGUGCUCACCCACCUCCCAACCUGGCUCUUAUUCAUCUCCCUGGACGCACUGCUCUACUGGCUUAUUCUGAUUAUCAACAAACACCUUCUGGAACUGAAACCAUUCAGCAUUAACCUAAAGAUGAGCCUAAACGAAGACAACAGCAUCGUGUUUAUCCCUCUCCCAGGCAGAGUCAUCAUGGAGGAUUUCUCCUACACCUUCACCCUCUUUCAGGAGGAUUGCCUUCCCCAGCCCUCCCUGCUCCUCUCCAGGUCCCUGGUCCCACUGUCUGUUAUCCUGGUUGUUCUACUGGUCCUAGACCUGCUGUCUGCCAAGAUGGGUCAGUUCAAACUACUGGUCUCAGAACAGUUCUACCACGACAACGCAGACCAGAGGGUGCAGCAACUUCAUGCCAUGAUCAGCCACAAAAGAGCCAAGACGAGGCCUCCAACUAAGAGGACUGCUCUGCUGAGACUGCUAAAACAAAAAAGCUUCUGGUUUCCACUGUUCUUCCACACUGCGAAGGAGAUAUGCAUCUCACCUGAAGAAAUCCAAAACAGUGAUCAUCUGGGAAAUUGAUUUUUGCUUUGUCAUGCAUUCAGGCAAUCACCUGUAGAAUUAGUUAAAGACCUAGGACUAGAUUAAAUUUUGUUUUAAAUUGCAUUGCUAUUUUGUGUAAAUGUUGCACAAAGAUCAACAGUUUAUUAUAAUCGCAGUAAAUAUGUCUUGUAUUAUAAACAAAUUUCUAUAGUUAGUGUUUGAGUAAGUUUGUUGUACAAAGGAUUGGGCUCCAAAACUAUCACAAAUAUGGCUUUGACUUCAUUAAAGUAAAUCUCAGAGUAAUCUUCUCUGAUUUGCUUUGAUGUUGUCUUUAUGAAUAAGAUACAGUUGAAGUCGCAAGUUUACAUACACCUUAGCCAAAUACAUUUAAACUCAGUUUUGACCAAUUCCUGACAUUUAAUCUUAUG